AUGAGCACCGCAAGCUACGAGUCCUUCUUUCACACCCACAGGAGGCGCUAUGGCGACAGCCUGGCCCCCAGAACCUAUGGAACUGUCCAGCAUUUCAGGAGCAACUAUGGAUCCACCCUGAAGCCUGUCUUCAGCACCUACUCGUCUCCUUCCUUCUCGGUCAGGAAAGCGCACAGCACCUCGUCCGCUCUGGUGAGCUCGCUGGACAGCUUCGACAUCAGCCAAGCGAGUGCCGUGAGCAGCGAGUUCAAGGCGGUCAGGACCCAGGAGAAAGCCCAGCUGCAAGACCUCAAUGACCGCUUCGCCAACUUCAUCGAGAAGGUCCAUGAGCUGGAACAGCAGAACAAGGUGCUGGAAGCAGAGCUCUCCCUGCUCCGUCAGAAACACGGCGGGCCCUCCAGGCUCAAGGGCAUCUUCGAGCAGGAGCUGAGGGAUCUCCGGGUGGCCCUGGACGAUGCCAAACACGAGAGGCAGGCAGCCCAGAGCGAGAGGGCGCACCUCGAGGAAACCCUGAAGAACCUGCAGGCCCGCUAUGAAGAAGAGGUGCUGAACCGGGAGGACGCUGAGGGCCGGCUGAUGGAAGCCAGGAAGGGCUCGGAUGAAGCAGCUCUGGCCAGAGCCGAGGUGGAGAAGAGGAUUGACAGCCUGAUGGAUGAGAUCGCCUUCCUCAAGAAGAUUCACGAGGAAGAGAUUGCAGAACUGCAGGCGCAGAUCCAGUAUGCACAGGUGUCGGUGGAGGUGGACGUGGGCAAACCAGACCUGUCCUCUGCCCUGCGGGAGAUCAGGUGCCAGUACGAGAAGGUGGCGGCCAAGAACAUGCAAUCGGCCGAAGACUGGUACAAGAGCCGCUUCGCUCUGAUGGCCGAGAACGCGUCCAAAGACAACGACGCCACCAAGCAAGCCAGGGACGAGGUGGUCGAGUACCGGCGUCAGGUCAAAGCCAAGACCCUGGAGAUCGACGGGGUGAGGGGAAUAAACGAGGCUCUGGAGAGACAACUGCAGGAGCUGGACGAGAAACAAGGCGGCGAAAUCAGUGCGUUGCAGGAUGCUAUCAACCAACUGGAGAACGAACUCCGAACCACGAAAAACGAGAUGGGCCGCUACCUGAAGGAAUACCAGGACCUGCUGAAUGUGAAAAUGGCUCUGGACAUUGAAAUCGCAGCCUACAGGAAACUGCUGGAAGGAGAGGAAACACGCAUCAACUAUGCCAAUGUGGGUAGUAUGAUCAGUGGCUACUCCCAGACCCAGAGCACCUCCAUUUACAGUAGGCCUAGCUAUUCUCUGCAAAGCAGUGCCUAUGGGCUGUCCAGCAGACCCAUCAUCUUCAGCUCCUAUGGCAGCAGCCAGAUUGAAGAAGAGGUCCUCCAGCAAACUCGUGCAUUGGCAGAACAGCUGGAACCUCCAGCAGACAAGGCUGAGGAGGCAGAAGGUGAAGAGGAGGAAGGAGGAGAAGAAGAUGCUGAAGAGGCAGAAGUAAAGGAGAAUGGAGAGAAGGAGGAAGAUGAAGAAAAGGAGGAGGAGGAGAAGGAGGACGAUGAGGAAAAGGAAAAUGGAGAGAAGGAAGAAGAUGAGGAGAAGGAAGGUGGAGAGAAGGAAGAGGAUGAGUCCCAAGGAGAGAAGGAAAAAGAAGGAGGAGAGAGUGACAAACAGGAAGAAAGUGAAGAGAAAGGAGGUGAUGCUGAUGAACAGAGAGCAGGGAAGGAGGAAGUGAAGAAGUAAGCAGCCAAUCAAAAUGAUGAACAAGGUACUGAGUUGAAAAAGUGGGCAAACUAACUUCAGCCAUCCAAUCAAAUCUGAGCCAAAGAUGCAAUGCAAAAAUGAUCCAAUGAAAGUCUAUGCUUUUUGUUCUAAGAGUGACCCAAUACAUAAUGUAAAAAAAUGAAAUGCUUGUGCAGAUUGCCAACUUAAAUGACGCGUAGGGCAUGGUUAAUUUUGAGGAAUGCAAGCCAUGUGAUGAAUAGAAAUUCUUAAGUACUUGGUAACACUUUCUUGUCAUUUCGCAGUAAUUGUUAAACAAAGGUCAAUGUGCAAUUAUCUAGAAAAGUAACAGGACAAUAUGAUGCAAGUUUGUGAUAGGGUCGCUUACAAUGGAUGGUGCAAUCAACAAUAAACACAACU